AUGACAGUGGAUGGCUCCCCGCAGCCGGCCGGCGACUGGCGGGCCUUCUGGCUGCGCGACCCGGGCGCGCUGGAGGCCGAGGCCGAUGGCGAGUCGGUGCGGAGCUUGCUCUUCGAAAGCCUGGACGAGUGGGCGUCCGGGGGCGAGCCGCGGCCGGCGGUGGCGGCGGCGGUGGAUGCCGCGACCACCGGGCUACUGCUGCUGCUGGAGCGCCAUGGCCCGGCGGGGAGGUGGGCCGCGGCCCUGCGGCUUGCGGCCGGGGCCCACGAGCAUGACCGGCGCGUGGGCCAGCUGCUGCGGGGUCUGGCGGCGAAGCCGGAGCUGGCGGCAUUGGAGCCGGAGCUCUGCCGGGCACUGGCCGAGCGCCGGGCCUCGGCGCAGGACCGCGACCUCCGGUACAACAACUUCUUCUCGCUGUGCUUCCCGCCGAAUGAGGAUGCCGAGGUCGGGGCCUGGCUGGUGCUGGACGACCGGAUGGCCCGGGUGCUGGGGCAGCAGCUGGGCCACGGCGAGGCCGGCGACCCGGACGAGGGCGAGGUGCACUGGGCCACCUUCGCCCGGGUGCUGGAGUCGGUGCCGGAGCCGGGGUCCUUCCGGGCGCUGGCCCCCUGGCCGCGGGACUUGCGGAUGUUCUUCGCCUGGGAGCCGGAGGAUGAGCGGCCCGGGCAGGGGGCGCCCUUCCCGCCGGCCGGGUGGAGUCUCUUCCCGCGUGCCGGGGGGUUUGUCGGGCGGGCGAUCCGUCUGCGGGAGGCGGUGCGCCUGUGCCGAGCCCUGCAGCCGACCUUCGCCCAGGCGGAUGCCCUCUUCCGGCAGGUGGACGGGACGUUUGGGUGGGACUGGCGACGCGACGCGGCCGGGGCCUUGGCGCAUGUGCGCCUGCUGGGGGCCGUGCCGGCGGACUACCGAGAUCUGCUGGUGGGGGUGGUGGCCCAGGCGGCCGGGGGGUGGGCCGGAGCCGAGGACCCGGCGCAGGCGGAGGCCCCCGGUGCGGGCGGCCGCGCCCGGCAGCUGGCCCUGACCGUGGGGCUGAUGGACUGGCUGGGCUUCGGCUUCGGCUGGGAGGACGUCCGGUCGGUGGUGGCGCUGGGCUGCGCGGCCGGCGGGGUGGCGGCCAUCCGGGCCGAGGUGGCCCUCCUGGUGGGGCUGCUCCGCCGGGGCGACCCGGGCGCUGUCGACGAGCCGGCGGCGGCGUCCUCGCCGGUGACCGGCCCGGCGUCGGUGGCCAUGCCGGCCGCCGUGGCCGGGACCCUCUUCGGCGAGUGGCUCCUGGGCGGGGGGGCGCCUGCCCGGGUGGCGGCCAUGGUGCUGCCGCCUGGCGGGGCGCAGGAGGUCCACGCCGCGGAGCGCCGGCCGCGCCGCGAGUGA